GUAGAGAAUAGGAUCAAUAGACUUCAUUAUCGGUGGAGAAUAACCUCGGCCUGAUUCUGUGAUCUGUAGCCUCCUUAAUCGAAAGAAAAUGGCAUUUCGGAUACAUCGCCUGAAAUCUGUGAUGGUACCCCUUUCGAAUUUGCCAAAAAUUGACUCGGAAUAAAUCUGCUCAAAUCGGUGCUUAAUGGACUCAAUCAUCGUUGGAGAAUAGCCUCAAGCUGAAUCCGUGAUCUGUAUCAUUCAAUAUCCAAAGAAAUUGGCCUUUCGUCGCCCAAAAAAUUACAAAAAUGCCCUUCGAAGAUAAAUUGGCCUGGAAGUUGGAACCAAUGUAGUCAAAAACUAGCUUUAAAACAUAAAAGCCUAUGCUUUUACGCUUUGGAACCCCCAAAUAUUGUAGCUUUUGUUCAAAAAGUCUUUUGCACCAAAAUCCCAAGUAAAAGCCCUCAAGCCCAGUAAAAGCCUUAAAAGCUAGCUUUUGACCGCUUCUUUACGCUUUUGAUAUCCGAGUAUGAUGAUCAUAUUUGGUCGUGUUUGGUUCAAUUUUUUGGACAAAAGAGAAAAAUGGUGCGGUCUUAUUUUGCUUUUAUGAAUUUAUCAUCCCUAAUUUCGUCACUUUUCCACAUUCUCGUACUUUCUCUGCCUCCAAAACCACAUGCCCAUCCAAAGUCCUGCUUCUAAUGCUUUUCCCUUAGUUUCCCGCGACAUGCAUCCAACUUCCUCUAAGUAAGCUCCCACUGCUAUAAUAACUUGGACAUCUUCACUCGAUGCAUCGACCCUCCCCAUUCCUAUAACUCCUAUCCACCCCUAUGACUAUGUUGUCGUCAAAUCUCAUCUCUUUUAGCCCCACAUUUGCCGCCACUUUCACUUAUUAGUGGAGCUUGUCUAUAACCCUCUAGCUUCAUCUUUUUUUCUAGAAAGCAAGAGGAAGGUGGUGAAUUCUUGUUUAAAGGCCUAUUAGUUUAGUUUAUGUGUAUGAGAGUAAUAUGUUAAAUAUGAGCUAGUUCAUCUCUCUAUUCAUAUUCUGCAUAAUACAAGUUAUGUUAGAAUAUUUCUAUUAAAACUAUAUGAUGUGCAAAAGCUUACGCUUUCACGCUUCGUUCCGCUUUUACCCAUCAUUUCGCUUUUACCUAGAAGCUAAACUUUGACUGCAUUGGUUGGAACUAGUGUUGACACUAUUCUAUCAAAUUCGGUGUUAACACCCUACUUGGUGCCCAAAUUGGAGGAUCAACAUCUUUAAACAUUAGUGAGUCGUUAUUUUUUUUUAUAUAUAAGGAUGAUAUAAGUGAGUUAUCAUUUAUCCGAGGAUCAGGACAAAGCUAGCAAAAAAAUUUAAAAUUCAUUGCAAAAUUCAUAUGGACAUGUAAUUGGACAUGGCCAAACGGUUAGUAUGUUGGAUCAAUAAGAAUGCGGUAGGUUAAAGAUUUGUGGUUUGAUCCACAUAAUUAGCAUUCCUAAGUUGUAUUGUGUCCCUAUUGUUGGCAGUGAGAGGCUAGGGGUCGAUCCACAGAAUUUAGUAGUUUUAACACUUAAAAAGAAACAUACGGACACUAUCACUUUUGUAAAAACUAAAGAUUUUAAAGUUUCAGUGUCUUAACUUCUCGUUUGAACAAAAAGAAUAUAUCAACAUCAUCACUUUAUGAACAGUCGAUGUAACAUUUUUUUACUGCAUACUCUUAACACGAAAGUUAUAUCUUGACGCCAUUACUUUGCGAAAAUUCGAUUGCAAAAUUUAUGGUUGUUGUUAACUUCUUAUUUGACAAUAGAUGUGUGUACUCCUGAUAUUUAAAGGUAUAUCUAGAUACCAUUAGCUUGUGAAAAUUCGAUUUCAAAAUCUAAUUAAAAAUCUAAUUGUUAACUUAAGUAACAAGAGAAUACGUAAUCUCUUCCAAGAAUUAGAUGCAUUCACCUGUAUUACGGGAAUUUUGAGAAACCUUAUCUCAUUUUCGAUGACUAAAUCUCAUGUUCAUUGGGCUGUAAAUUUACGAAGAAGAUAUCUUCAGUUGAUUUUCUUUAUGGAGCAAUUUCUCCAUCGUUUAUUAAGAUAUUUUCAUUAUUCUUUCAUCAAAUAUUUAUUUACGCUACGCCCCAAACGUCAAAUUCUAGCUCAAUCUCUUGCGAGUAUGCCAGAUCAACCAACAAAAAGUAUAAACAGCCACUAAAAAAAAAUUUGGAAAACAAAUAAUUCCUCAAUCAUUCCAGGAGUCCAGUUAAUAAUGAGAUGGGGGCAAAGGAAGGAAGUUAGCGAGGACAGCCCGCGUACAGCCAGUGUCGUAUUUUCCAGCGAGGCUUCCCCGAACAACCAACACAGCAGAGAAGAAGAAAAAACAAACAAAAAAAACUACUCUCUCUCUCUCUCUUCCUCGCUUUCCACAGCCGAAAAUCCACCCAACUUUUCCCUUUGUUUUUUCUUUCUCUAUUUCCCCCAGCCAGUUUUCCUCGAACCUGCACCGCGUACUAAUAAUGAUCAUUGAUCACCCACCACUUCUAUAUAGAUGCACAAGCAGAAACCCAUUUCAUCAGACAGCUUAUCACUCAACCCACGAAUCUUUUUCAGAAGCACUUUGCAGAACAACUGUGGUGACCCCAAAAAAAUGGCGAAGAAACAGAGCAAUGUGAGCCGCAGGGCGUGGAACAUCCUCCGCCUGGCGUUGCUCUGGGCGCGAAAAGGUGGCGUCUUCAAGAGACGGCUGGUGAUGGAUCUCCGCCUGGUCCCCAAGUUCAUCAAGAGCAUGGCGCCCGCUUCUUCUUCUUCUUCUUCCUCUGGGGCCCGAAUUGGCUUCUACGGCGAAAGGGAGCUCUCCUUCGACAAGACUCCUCUGUUCCAAGUGAAAAUGCACCGCCCUGCAUCCAUGCGCUUCAUCAUUCCUUGCAUUACUCCCCACCGGGCCGACUUCGACUACAAUGAUGUCGAUGAUGAUGAGAACAAUGUUUUCUACGGUGAGGGCCGGCCUUGCACUAGCGGAAGGAGGAUUAGCAGUUGCAUAGAUGGCAACGACGGCGACAUUGUUGUUGUUGACGAUGAAGAAGACUACGAGGAGCAAUAUUCGGAUGAGGAUUGCUCGGUGGUGGAGGAAGAAGAAGCGGAAGGGAUAGACUCUCGAGCCGACAAGUUCAUAGCUCAGUUCUAUGAACAAAUGAAGCUUCAGAGACAGGUUUCAUACCUGGAGUACCACAAGAACUGAAUUUGUUUUUUCAGGGCAUAGCAUUCUAGUUGAUUAUUUUGUAUGUGUUGAGUCUUGAGAGACAUUGAUACUCGACCAUUAUAUUAGGAAUCAGAAGUGAGAAAUGACACAUUGAUCACCGUUUUGUGACUAGUUCAGAAGUUCUUUGCAUGGUGGUUAAAUUGGAGGAGCCUAGCUGGGACAUGGAAGUCGCGUUGGAGAUCGGCUUCCUCCCCUAAAAUCCUAAGAAAAAUCCGGUCGACAGAAUGACUCCCCCGACUUAGAAUGAAGCCAACUACGAAGGGCAAAUCGGCGCUAGAAAUGACGGUCUAGUCUCAUUUUCUCUGUUUUUGCCGCCAAUUUGGAGGGUAUCUUGGAAACCUCGUUUCGACUUAUGUACCACCAGAAACUUGUAGCCGACCAGUUCCCUUAGUUGCAUAAGUCGGUGAAUCCUAGAUGUUCUUGACUAUGUAAUUCUUGAUUUUGGCAUUAUGUAUGAUGUUUUCAUUUCCUUUAUCUUUCUGAUUUUUUUUUCUUCUGAUUAUUGUUGAUGUGAUUGUGUGCGUAAUACGAGGACUGACUUCAAAGGUCAUUUCCUCAAACCUCAUUUCGUGGUUGGAUUAAACUGGACACGACACUUGCUCACAAUCGCUCAAACUGUGUCGACUUCCUCUAUGAAGACGUCUGUAUGGUCUUCAUAUCGUUGCCUACUAGACCUGGUAUUUGCCACGGUAUAUGGUACGAAUAAACCUAACAAAGAUUAAACAACUCACAUGUUGCCAAGAUUGAGGUUAUGAGUGGAAGCAAUGUAGUCAAAAUCGCGCUUUAAAACUUACGAUUUUACGUUUCUUAGAUCACUAAAACGCUUCUACACAAAAUCUCAGUUUUUGUAACUUAUGUAGUUAAAAACUCCGCUUUCAAACUUAAAAACUUACGAUUUUACACUUCUAGAUCACCAACAUGCUUCUACGUAGAAACUCGUUUUUAACUACAUUGAGUGGAAGUAACUCUAAGGGGAGCUUGCCUAUGCAACGCCUCGUCCUCCUGCUUCCUCUACUCACCCUAGCUUUAGAUUUUAUUUUCCGCAUUGCUUUUUCCUUUUAGUUUUGUAAAACCAAGGGGAAUUUCAACCCCAGAGUCACCUUAACUUUCACAAUCGCGUUUUAAAUCGUAAAACUCAUCCCUCACCAAAUGAGUGAGUGAUUGUGAGAGAAGCUAGAGAAAUACGAUCAUGGUAUUCAAACCAUGUAAAUUUGACCAUAGUCUACAACGUGAUCGGGUAACUUGAUGCUUAGAUUGAACGCCAAAUUGUACGAUCAACAUCUUUAUACAUUAGUGAUUCACUGUUUAUACUUUAUCUGAUGAGGAUGCCACAUCAACCAAAAAAAAUUAUCAGUAAAAAAAUUGUGGAAAACAAAUAAAUCCUUAAUCUUUCGAGUUCGUAACGAGAAAAAUCGUCUUUCUUUGAAGCGAAUUCCUGCCCUCCUGACUUGCAUCCUUCUUUGAGUCGUCGGGUGCAAACAGGCUUAGAGUAGAUCGCUCUACCGGGCAGUGUUAUUAAAAUCAAACUGUGCCAAUCGAUUGGACCAGUAACACCAACAAUCAUCUGCCAGCUCGGCUCGAAACCCCUAAAAAGUCACAUGGUUUAGAAUGGUCGGUCAACGAGCGGCCAAAACGGUUACCCGCACGAGCUGCUCAAACCGCCCGACUGAUUUUUUGAUUCUCUCUAGUGGUCAUAAAAUAUUAAUACAAUUGAGGUUCAUCU